AUGCACUCCAAAUCACGCCAGAUUCUGCUCAGAACCCCAAAUUCCCGCCGCCUCCAAACCCUAACCUUCGAUCCAUCUCAACCCCUAUCCCUCCGCGACCUGAAGCUUUCCCUGAUCCCCGAUCAUGGAAAUCCAGACGCUUUCUACUUCACCGCCAACGGGAAGCUCCUCGCCGACGAUUCCAUCCCGGUCGGCAGCCCCCAGGUCCCGGCUCUAUCCACUCUCACCCUGCGCCACCGCCUCCGCGGCGGAGGCGGCGAUGGAGGCGCGACGGGAGCCGAGUCCCGCGACUGCUACUUAAAAAUGUACGCGGAGAAGAAGCCGGACAAAAUCGACCCCAACGAGCAGCGGCUUUCCAAGUGGGUGAACUGCGCGCUCUCCUACGAGACCCUGCGGCAGCCCUGCGUGAUGGAUAGACUGGGAAAUGUGUUCAACAAGGAAGCUCUGGUCGAGGCUCUGAUAGGUAAGAAGCUCCCCAAAGCUUUUAAUCACAUCAGAGGUUUGAAAGACAUGAUAGAUGUUAAGCUAGAGCCGAUCCCCGGUGGGGAAUCGAACAAUGCGUGGUUUCAGUGCCCGAUCACGGGGCUGGAGUUCAACGGGACGUACAAGUUCUUCGCUUUGAGGAAAUGCGGGCAUGUGCUGAGUGCCAAGGCUUUGAAGGAGGUGAAGUCGAAAGCUUGUCUGGUGUGUUACAGGGAGUUUGAUGAAUGUGACAAGGUUGUGAUCAAUGGGAGUGAGGAGGAAGUGGAUGCUUUGAGGGAGAGGAUGGAGGAAGAGAGGGCUAGAGUUGUGAAGGAUAAGAAGCAGAGGAAGGAGAGGAGUGGAGAUGCUGUUGCGGCUAAAGGCGUCGCUGAUGGUGACAACAAGAGGUUCAAGGGUGCGGCUGUUGCACCGGCUAACGCGACCAAGGAGGUUUAUGCAUCGAUCUUCACCUCGUCGAAGAAGAAAUCGGAUUUCAGGGAGACUUACUCUUGUCGAUCUCUACCUCUAGGGAGGAACUGAUUUAGAGGUGGAAUCGAAGCUAUGAGCUGGUACGUGAUUUUGGCUCGUAAAUGUUCAAGUGAAAUGAUUUCAGAUGCUACCAUUUCAUGUUCAGGAAAUAAGAUGAAACUGAGGUUCUCAGACAGGAAGCUUACCCUGAAGUUGUUAAUCAUACAUGGCAGUGAAACAAUACGACGCAAUGAAGCGAAACAAGCUUAACCUAUAGUGAAUUUACUACUUCCUCUUUGUUCUUUACCAUCGAUGAUAAUGUUACAAACUCGAGGUACAAACCUACCCAGAAGGGUAUUGAAUUCACUAGUAACCUCUAUAUCAUGUUCUCCAGCAUAGACAAUGUUGCGAAUCCGGCAUUUCCACCGGCUCUGCUUUCAUAUAUGAUCAGAGGAGGCGCUGGGAGCCCCGACGGCCAAAACAUUCGCCCCAUCAAUGGAGCCUUUCGCCUGUUGUCCCGGUGCAACGAAGUAACUCGUUGAUUGAUUCUUCAUUUCAAAUGACAACUGUGAUGUAGGUAGCAGUUUGCUGAUUCAUUGCACGACUGUAGUUCGUUUCUCUAACAGUGCUUCCAAAAAUGGCCCGCAUAGUAAAGUAAGGGGUGGAAGAUUGUGUGAUGGUCCGCUGAAGAUUGUCUCCCAGGGCCUCUCGGAUGGGAAAGAUGGGAC